AUGUACAGCAAAAACGUUUUAAAAUUAGUGAGACCAGUGAUAAAUCGGACGUUUUCUUAUACUGCUACUCAGCGCAAAUUAAACAGUGAUCGUGCUUUUAAUAUAAACCAUUAUGACUGUAUAGGUUUUGAUCUGGACAAUACUUUAGCCAGAUACAGAAUAGGUAAUAUGUUAGAGUUGGAAUAUAGAAUACUAUCAAAUCAUUUGGUAAAGGAGAAGAAUUACCCAGGAAAUCUACUGCUCAAACCUGUAGAUCCAAACUUUUUUAUAAAAGGUUUAAUUGUAGAUGAUGAAAAUGGAAAUGUGAUUCGAAUAGGUCCAGAUGGAACAAUUCUACAAGCUACCCACGGUACCAAGUGGCUAAGUCAAGAUGAGAUUUUACAGUAUUAUCCUACAAGGCAUUGGAAAGCAACUGACUUGUUUGUACAGGAUCCUUUACAAACCUGGAAUGGUCCAUACUCAGAAAAAAUGAGGACACUCUUAGAUUACUUUGACAUUGCAAUUAGUUUGAUAUUCGCUAGAGCUGUUGAUGCAGUAGAUGCUUUGCAUGGUCCAAGGAAAGUCUACAAUAUCUGGCCUGAUCUUCUCAAUGCUUUGAUGCAUAUGUUUAAUAGAGAACAUUUUGAACUGGAUGUAGGAGGAUACUUUCCUGAAUUAAAAUACAACCCAGAUCUUUAUUAUUAUAAGUGUAGCCCUAAUGUUCUUAACUGGCUUAAAGAAUUACGGGAUAGAGGUAAAAAGUUGUAUCUAAUAACAGGUGCUCAUGCAGACUUUGCUAAUCAUACAGCAACAUCUACACUGGGUCCAAACUGGAGGGACUACUUUGAUAUUGUAGUUUCUUAUGCCAAAAAACCAGGCUUUUUUAUGCAAGAACGUCAUUUUCUAGCCUUAAAUGAAUCCUACAAGGAAACUGGACCAGUCAUGCAGCUGGAAAAUGGAUCUAUCUACACACAUGGUAACUGGAAAAAGCUAAAAGAACAUUUAACUAAAUCUUCAAGUGCUCAUACUCCAAAAUUCCUUUACAUUGGUGACAAUUUGGUCCAGGAUAUUUAUACACCCAAUGUUCACUCCCAUUGUGACACUGUGAAUGUCUGUGAAGAACUAGAAGUAGAGAAAUUGGAUGAGUACACAGGCGAGAGUCACCCUGAUGGACACUUUUUGUCUUCUAGUUUAUGGGGGUCUUACUUUGAGAUCAAGGAUUCAAAGCAAAAGACUGUGUGGUAUAAUAUUAUGAAAAACCAUUCGAAAAUUUGUGUUCCUAGUAUUGAUUAUUUAGCAAGGUUUCCCAUCGAUCAUGAUUUUAAAUGUGCGAUUUGUUAG